UCCGGUGUAUUGUUUCCACUAAGCGGUCUGGUCGCUGAAAGGGAUAAAACGUACCUAGAUUUUAAGUUUCUAGGUAUUAUUUUAUAACUAUUCGGCCUCCAUGUUGUUUUUUUAAUUGAUACUUUUGUUGCAUUCUCACACGAGGUACGUUUUGUAACUUAAUUUAAAGUCGUUUUAAAACUUUCAUCUAGUGGCAGAUAACAAAGCGGAAUACGAAACUCACCCUAAACUGAUGUCCAGCGAAAGACCGUUGCUGUCUGCAAGCUCUCCUGAAGCUUUGGUCCACGACUGCGUAGCUAUGACCAAGUUUGGUAGAUGGCUGGUCCUGUGUUAAACCAGUAACUCCUCAGCGCCAAGCUGGACCCAAAGACUCCACCUCCCGACACCUGCUCCUCCGCCCUGUCCCCGAAACAGUGUGCUGAGAGAUUUAGGCUCUGUAACCAAGAGCUGCUAUUGGCCGGAGAGGAGGAGUAUGUCUGUGACAUCAGUCGACGGAGCUCACCUGACGACGACACGGCCUCCUUCAGGGAUGCAGAGACCAUUACAGUCUGUGCGGUUUCUCGUGGCCCUGCCCUCACCCAGUCCUCUGGAAAAUGUGAUAGGGCAAGGGCAGCAGAAUUUCGGGCUUCAGGCACCAUGAAUGUGUGUAACAAUCCUGAUCUGCCCGAGCUCGAGAUUAUCAGCCUUCUGGAGGAACAACUGCCCCUCUACAAGCUGAGGGCAGACACUGUUUUCGGCUACGAACAAGAUGAUUGGAUACACACGCCGCUGGUGGAGCCUGAAGCCGCUGUUGAACUGACCACAGAGCAGAUCGAUGAAACUCUCAAAUACUUCUUGUUGUGUGCGGACAGAGUGGGCCAGAUGACGAAGACUUACAGUGACAUUGAUGCUGUCACUCGACUGCUGGAGGAGAAAGAGCGAGAUUUGGAGUUCGCCGCUCACAUAGGACAGUCUCUUCUGAAGAAGAAUAAAGCCCUGAGCGAGAGGAACGAGCUGCUGGAGGAACAAGUGGAGCACAUCCGAGAGGAGGUUUCUCAGUUACGUCAUGACUUGUCGAUGAAAGAUGAGCUCCUGCAGUUCUAUACCAACGCAGCUGAAGAGAGUGAGGGGGACUCCUCCACUUCCACGCCCGUGCGUCCCAUUGAACACAGUACAUCAACACCAAAUUUCUUCCCCCUGGACUCCUUGCAGAAGAAACUCAAAGAGCUGGAAGAGGAGAAUAAAUCCCUGCGCUCUGAGGCCAGCCACUUGGAGACAGAAACCAUCACGUAUGAGGAGAAGGAGCAGCAGCUGGUUAACGACUGCGUCAAAGAACUCCGUCAUGCCAACCUGCAGAUUUCAUCGCUGUCUGAAGAUCUGGCCCGGAAGACUGAAGAUGUUUCGAGACAGCAGGAGGAGAUCACACACCUCCUGUCGCAGAUCGUGGACCUGCAGAAGAAAGCAAAGCUGUACGCUGUGGAGAACGAGGAGCUGACUCAGCACCUGGGAGCUGCCAAAGAUGCUCAGCGACAGCUCACAGCAGAGCUGUGUGAGCUGCAAGACAAGUACGCCGAGUGUAUGGAGAUGCUCCGUGAAGCUCAGGAGGAGCUGAAGAACCUGAGAAAUAAAACGCUCCCGCUGAACUCGCAGAGACGGUUCCACUCUCUGGGAAUGUUCCCGAUGGACUCUUUGGCAGCCGAAAUUGAAGGAACUAUGAGGAAGGAGAUCCAGAAUGAAGAUCCUGAUGUAGAGGAGCAGAGACUUCAACCAAAGCGCGUCUUCCAGACUGUGAAGAACCUGAACCUGAUGCGCCAGCAGCGUUCUUCAUUGGGCCCCUCCCCCCUCAACAUCCCGGGAUCCAAUCAGACCUCUUGUUUCACCUCAGGACGCUCCAGCCGGGUCAGCACCCCUCGCCCGGGCUCUGUGUACGCAAGCGAAACAGGAAGUGGGAUGAUUCUGGACAACAGGAGCAGCUGCUUCACGGGUUCUCCGGAGGACGGGUCAGAGGACUCGAACAAGCGACCCCCUGGCACACCUGGCACGCCCGGCAGCAGGGACUUGGAAGCAGCAUUGCGCCGGCUCUCUCUCCGUCGAGACAACUACCUCUCAGAAAAACGCUUUUUGGAAGAGGAGAGAGAGAGGAAGCUGUCUUAUCUGGCCAGGGAGGACGAGAAGGAGGGCGUGGACAACAGCGGAGGUCCCGGCACACCGACAGAAAGCCUGCUGUCCUUCUACUCCCAUCCGUCCCUCGGCAGCAUCUGGUCAGGAUACUCCUUCACCUCGCGGUCCUACCUGCCGGAGAAGCUGCAGAUAGUAAAACCACUUGAAGGCUCUGCUACUCUUCAUGCAUGGCAGCAGUUGGCUCAACCUCACAUGGGGGCUCUGCUGGACCACCGGCCGGGGGUGGUCACCAAGGGCUUCUGCACUUUAGCCCACGAGCAGGAUGACCUGCAAGAGAACUGGCAGCUGGACCAACCAGAAGAGGACGACCUGUCUUGUGACGCCUUUUCCGGAUUUUCCGUGGACAGUGCAUCCACUUUGGAUCUGGCGUGUUCUACCUCAACUCUCUCUGCCCCCUGCAACGAGUACUGUCCGAGCUUCCCUCAUGAAGACAAGUCAGGAGACGCAGCUGAAGGCAUGGCCAAGUCCCUCCCAACAUCUGCCAACUCGUCUUUGCUCCUGUCAUCUGCUGAGAUGAACGGGCACGUGGAGAUGAAGGACCUGCUCCAGUCGGGUGCAGUGGACCACCUGCCUGUGAAUUUCCCGGGGAAGUGUCAGUCCCACACCAGCUCCACCUACACCUUCACCACCUGCCGGAUCCUCCACCCGUCGGAUCAGCUCACCUCUGUGUCCCCAAGCUCAGCGACGUCCACGUAUCAGGCGAGCGUUUGCGUCUCCUCUCCGACGGCGUCCGCCUCCCCGCCGCCUUUCUCUGGACCACACACUCCGUCCUACACGCCCUCCUGCACGCCACGCCGCCUCUCUCUGGCUCUCUCCAUGGCCGAGUCCUCCACCAACCUCAGAGACUCCACCAGGACCACCAGCACUUCCUUCGGGCUCGUGCGCCUCCUGCUGGAGCACGGCAUCUCUGCGUCAGUGUACGACCCCCGCAGCUGGGACCGAGCGUCAGACGGUAGUGGAGCUUCUACGCCGGUGCCGCCGAGCGCUGACCCAGAAGGGGAUGGACCUCAGCCGAGACGCCCGGACACCCUCCCCCUGCAGCCCUCCACUCCACCCAACUCCCCCUUUAAGUCGGCAGCCCGUCCAGUUUUCCACUUCAGCCCCUCCGAGGAAGAGCCGCCCUAUGACGCCUUCCUCGCCUCCAAGCCGGCGCGUACCAUUCUCAGAGAGGUUCUGGUGGAGGAGAGGGAGCGAGACCAGACUGAGGAGGACAAGCUGAACCUGGGACUCGUGGACAAGCUCAAACUGUUUCCCACUUUGUCGACUGCGAAUGCUCUGCUGGCCCCCAGUGCGCUGGGCGGGGGGCUCCCGGCUCUGAAUGUGGGUCUGAGGAGGAACAGAAGCUACCCUGCCAUGGUGGGAGCUAGCAUGGCCAUGAAAGACCCCGGAGGUCCCCCCAGUACUGAGAUACUCUUACCUCAUACCAUGCAGUUACAGGACGCAGUACCGCAACUCACCACUAGACACAGAAGAGCCAAGUCGAAGGAGGACUCGGCCAGCAAUAAUCCCGAGGACACGUGGACGUGAAACUGAGCGACGGUAGCUCGGAACACUGUGCUAGUGAGAACAGGGGUGUUGCCUUUCUCUUUGUCCAAAGUUUGUCCGUUAAGAUGCUGUGUUGGAAAUUAAAGACCCAAGUGUUGAAAGUACAGCAGCGCCACCAUCAUCUUUGCCAGUUCAUGACGCAGCUAAACACAAAACACACUGUGGAACCAGGAAUACAAAAUAGCUGCUCGAUGAGCUUCAACUAUUGCAGUGUGUUAUGGAACUUUUGGGCACAGUUCAUGAACAGAACUAGUGAGAACUCCAUCACGGAUCAUUGACCAAUCAGAAGACACCUGAGCGCCGGUUGUAGCUGUGCAGGAAGUUGAUAAAAAAAAAAAAUCUGAAGGAUUUUCAUUUUAAAGAUUCAUAACCACAGGUCUAUAUAAAACACCUAAGUCUGCUUUUAAAAAAGGGAUUUAAUAUGAAGCUUUACAAGACGAUGUGGUUUAACUCACCCGAUUUUACUUUCUGAAACAGUCACAGGUGUCAUUCGUAAUGUGCCAGCCAAAGUCCCAGUCAGGGUUUUGUUUUCAUCCAUGCGGCACUUGUAUCUGUAGAUCCAGGAUGGAGGUGCCAGGAUGAAGCACGAGCAAACUGGGUCUGGAGAAGGGACGGUGCCUAAAAUAGUCGACUGUGUCUCUGUGUGCGUUUUUUAUUUCAUGUAUUUCUGGCAGGUGGCUGCUUGAACAAGCUACCAGCCAAAACAUGCUAAUUUUUGUCUAGCGCUUUGGUUUGCGUGUAAAUGCUCCGGUAAAACUUGAAGCUGGGAAUCAUUCGGAGUCCUGAUGGCGACCCGUUGGCACUGCAUCAUGGCUGUCUCGUCGUUGUGAAGCACAUAUGUUGAGAAGUUCAACUCACAAAAUGAUGGCUUUUCCUUUAUUUUCAUGUCAAAAACGACAGACCUUUUAAACAUUUAUCGAGCACUUUCACCUGUAACUAGUGACGACUGAACCAGAGUACGUUGCUCUGACCUGCAGUGAUUGACAGCCAGUGAAUGUCGAAGCCUUAUGAAACCCCUUAAAAAAUGAGUAUUUUACAUGAAUUUUAUUCAGCUAAAAGUUAUGAUUCAGGCAUCAUGAAGUAACAGACUUCAUAUAUGUGUGUGUGAAAGAGUGUGAGAGAUGAUCUGAAUGUAAGUUAUUAACGUGUGUGUACGUCCAUAUAUGCCUUCAUCUGAAAGGGAAACCUUGUAAAUGUGUGUGUAUAUAUAUUCAUGCUGACUUUUUUGAGAAAUGUAACCACAUGUUUAGAACUGAAAUACUGAGUGAAUCUGUUUCUGAACGGAACAUAUUUUAUUCUACGCUGCAGAAUGUUGUCAAUAAA